AUGCUGGACCGCCUCGAGUGCUACAACUUCAAGUCCUACCGAGGGCGGCAGACCAUCGGGCCGUUCCACUCGUUCACGGCCGUCAUUGGGCCCAAUGGCGCCGGCAAGUCCAACCUGAUGGACGCCAUCUCGUUCGUGCUCGGCGUCCGCAGCGUGUCCCUCCGCUCGACCGCCCUCAAGGACCUCAUCUACCGCAGCGGCCGCAAGCGUCGCGACAAGAAGGGCAAGGGCAAGGCCGUCGAGGGCGGCGACGACGACGGUGACGACGAGGAGGAGGAGGAGGAGGAGGACGAGGACGAGGACGAGGAAGAUGGAGCGGGAGACAGCGAGGAGGACGGCGGCAUCGACGGCGAGCGCUCGGCGUGGGUCAUGGCCAUCUACGUCGACCGCGCCGAGAACAAGGAGUGGCGCUUCCAGCGUUCCAUCUCGACGAGCGGCACGAGCGAGUACAAGAUCAACGGCAAGGCCGUGUCGUACAAGCGCUACAACGAGCAGCUCGAGAGCUUCAACAUCCUCGUCAAGGCCAAGAACUUCCUCGUCUUCCAGGGUGACGUCGAGGCCGUCGCGUCGCAGUCGCCCAAGGACCUGUCGCGCCUCAUCGACCAGAUCAGCGGCUCGCUCGACCUCAAGGACGAGUACGACCGCUGCGCGCACGCCCUCGUCAAGGCGACCGAGGCGUCGAUGGCGCAGCACAGCCGUCGCAAGGGCGUCAACACCGAGGUCAAGCAGUACCAGCUCAUGAAGAGCGAGGCCGAGCGGUGGCAGUCGCUCCAGUCGCAGAAGGCCGACGCCGUCGUGCACCACCUCGUGUGGAAGCUCUUCCACAUCGAGCAGGGCAUCAAGGCGGCCGAGGAGCGCAUCGACGAGCGCAACGUCGAGCUCAAGAAGCUGCGCGACGAGAACGAGUCGUUCGAGGACGACGUGCGCUCCAAGCGCAAGGCGGUCAACAAGGCGCAGAAGGAGGUCGGCAAGCAGGAGCGCGAGGUCAAGAACAAGGAGAAGGAGCUCCUCGAUGCUCGUCCCGCGCUCGCCGGCAUUGACACCAAGCGCACCUACGCCGAGAAGCACCUCAAGGCCGCCGAGGACCAGUCGGCCAAGCAGCGCAUCGACCUCGACGCGCAGCAGAAGAAGCUCGACCAGCUCAACAAGGACCUCGAGACGACCGAGCGUGCUGCGCAGGCGCACCGCGACGCCCAGGAGGCGGCCGCUCGCGAGCAGGGCAUCUCGCUCAGCUCAGAGGACCUCGCCGAGUACAACAAGCUCAAGAGCCAGGCGUCGACCAAGGCCGUCGCCGAGCGCGAGGCGCUCGCCAAGCUCGUCAACGACGACAAGACCAAGCGCGACUCGCUCUCGACGGCGCAGGACCAGCUCGAGAGCACGAGGCGCAAGGUCGAGCGGCUCGAGGGCGAGGAGGCGACGCUCGAGAAGCGCAAGGACACGGUCGAGACGAAGCAGGGAGCGCUGCAGGACGACCUCAAGAAGGCUCGCGCCGACCUCGACGACCUUCGCAAGCGCAAGGCCCAGAUCAAGCAGACCGAGGCCGAGUACAACGAGAAGCUCGAGCGCACGCUGCGCGAGCUCGAGCGGGCCGGCGCCGCCCGCCAGGAGAAGGACUCGGAGCGCCGCUUCAAGGAGACGCUCGCCCAGCUCAAGCGCACGUUCCCUGGCGUUCGCGGCCGCAUCAUCGACCUCUGCAAGCCGACCCAGCAGAAGUACGGCACGGCCGUCACGACCGUCCUCGGCCGCAACAUCGACUCGAUCGUCGUCGACAGCGAGAAGACGGCCAUCUCCUGUAUCGAGUACAUGCGCGUGCAGCGCCUCGGGCAGGCCACGUUCGUCCCUGUCGAAACCGUCUCGGUCCAGCCGGUCAACGACAAGUACCGCUCGUUCGCCAAGGGCGCUCGGCUCGCGAUCGACGUCAUCAACUUCGACCCGAGCGUCGAGAAGGCGAUGCAGUUCGCGUGCGGCAACUCGCUCGUGUGCGACACGAUGCAGAUCGCGCGCCACGUGUGCUACGACCGCGGCCAGGAGGUCAAGGCCGUCACGCUCGAGGGCACCGUCAUCCACCGCUCGGGCACCAUCACGGGCGGCACGUCCCACUCGGGCGGCCGCUCGUUCGAGGACCAGGAGGUCGAGGCGCUCCGCCGUCGCGAGACCGAGCUGCGCGGCAAGCUCGCCGAGUGCCUCAAGAACCGCCCGCACGCCCGUGCCGAGGAGCAGCUCCUCGCCGACGAGGCGCGCACCAGGGCCGACCUGCAAGGCGUCGAGGACGACCUCAGCUCGACCAACUCGCGCCUCAAGGGCGUCAAGGACGAGCUCAAGACGCUCCGCAAGCGCGCCGCCGACCUCGAGAAGGCCGUCGCCAAGCUCGAGCGCGACCUCGAGCGGCUCGAGGCCGAGGCGGCCACCCAGCGCGACGUGAUCGAGCGCGAGGAGGACGCCAUCUUUGCCGACUUCUGCGCCCGCAUUGGCGUGUCCGACAUCCGCGAGUACGAGGAGAAGCAGCUUCGCUCGGCGCAGGAGGACAACGCCGAGAUGCUCAAGCUCGACACGCACGUCGCGCGCCUCAACCACCAGAUCCGGUUCCAGUCGGAGCAGGUCGAGCUCAUCCAGGACCGCGUCAACUCGCUCGAGGCGACGGCCAACAAGCACCGGGUCGCCCUCGAGCGCCUUGACGGCGAGCGCGACGCCAAGCAGGGCGAGAUCGAGCACCUCGAGCAGGAGGUCAAGGACCUGGGCCUCGUCCUCGACCAGCUCAAGGAGACGCUCGCCGACAAGCAGGCCGAGCUCGAGCAGGCGCGCAAGGCCGGCGGCAAGGCGAGUCGCGCCCUCGACCAGGCGCUCAAGGAGGUCGCGUCCGCCAACGACGACAUCGAGCGCCUCUCGUCCGAGCGCUUCACCCUGUACCGCCGCUGCAAGCUCGAGGAGAUCGACCUUCCGCUCAGCAAGGGCCGGCUCGACGACAUCCCGAUCGAGGAGACGCAGCAGGCCGUCCAGAUGGACGUUGACGGGCCCGAGUCGGGCACGCAGAACGUCUUCCAGGCCAACGACCACGGUGUCGAGGUCGACUUUGAGGAGCUCGACGAGGACGAGGAGGAGGACUCGUCGGACAAGAUGGACGAGCAGCUCGUCGCCGCCAUUGCCCGCAUCCAGAGCGACAUCGACAAGAUGUCGGUCAACCUCAAGGCGAUCGAGCGGCUCGGCGACUCGGAGGCGCGCUUCAAGGAGAUCGACGGCGAGUUUGACGAGGCGCGCGAGGCGACCCGCAAGGCCAAGGACGCGUUCAACGUCGUCAAGAAGAAGCGCUGCGAGCUGUUCAACAAGGCGUUCAAGCACAUCGAGGACAACAUCGACGAGGUGUACAAGGACCUGACCAAGGGCGCUGCAAGCCCGCAGGGCGGCGUCGCCUACCUCAGUCUCGAGGAGCCGGAUGAGCCGUACCUGCACGGCAUCAAGUACCACGCCAUGCCGCCGCUCAAGCGUUUCCGCGACAUGGACCAGCUCUCCGGCGGCGAGAAGACAAUGGCGGCACUCGCGCUCCUCUUCGCCAUUCACUCGUUCCAGCCGUCGCCCUUUUUCGUCCUCGACGAGGUCGACGGCGCACUCGACAACACGAACGUCGGCCGGGUCGCGCGCUACGUCCAGUCGCGCACCCUGCAGAACGACUUCCAGUGCAUCGUCAUCACGCACAAGCAGCUCAUGUUCGAGUCGUCGUCUGCGCUCGUCGGCAUCUACCGCGAAGCCGGGUCCAAGACGCUCACGCUCGACCUCACCCAGUACGGCGAGGGCAACGCCUGAACCCGCCGCCUCUCUUCUUCCUUCUCCUCCCGAUCCCCCCGUGUAUGAACCCUGGCGGUCCCUCCUCAGUACCUGUAACAGCGCGUCGGUUCUUGGU